AUGCCUGUUGUUCAGCAGGAUUCGACCAACGGUCGCUCGCGAGAAAUCCUCUCACCGCAGCCGCAGUCUAUCCUUACAACAAACUCUCUUCUGGUACCGCCUCCACCCGUUCCUGCACCUUCCUCGCCCUUCAUUGCCAAUAGAAUGAUCUCCUUGUCCACAACCUCCAUCACCUCUUUAAUUCCAUCAUUAUACUCCUUGGGCGCUAACCAGUCGGGCUCCAGUCUUAUAAAUCCAACAGCAAACUCCACGUCCGAUAAUCUGCCGCUCAUAUCCGACGCAUUGGCCAGAGAGUCCGAUGUUAUCGUCUCCACCAACAUUACUUCGCAGGCCGAGUACAAAGGAUUUGCAGCCUACGUCAUAAGUUUUCUGUUUCUAUUCAUAUGGAUGAGCUGGUCGAUGCUGCCCGACUCGCUGUUAAACAGUGUCGGCAUCUAUUAUUAUCCCUCCAGAUGGUGGGCCCUGGCUAUCCCCGCAUAUGUCCUGGUGCUCAUGAUGUACACCUACGUGGCCGUCGCAUCGUAUAACACAGAGAUUAAAACCCCACCAUUGGAUGACCCACGAACCAUCGUCGACACCGACGGCGUGGUGAUCACAGAAUUGCCCGAAUACCAGAAAAAAGAUAUAGAUCGCUAUCUAUUUGCAUCAACAAGCGGUAUCUGGGACUUGCCGUUGAGCGAAGUCAACAAAGUGCUCUACCAGGACUUGUCUAGAUGA